AUAAACGAAGUUUGUUUUGGAUGGGGGACAGCCGGGGGAAGAGCAGCACAGGGAGCAGAGACCGUGAGAGAGUCGGCGGCCAGUAACGAACAGCAGCAAGACGGAACUAAGAUGUUCUCCCAGCACUGUCCUGACACCCUCUGGGUCGGGCUGCUCAGCCUGCUGCUCCUCUGCAUCCCAGCAGCACACACAGCAAAAUGUCCACAGCAGUGCGUCUGUGACCAGAUCCAGCUCACUGUGACCUGCGUCAACAAGAACCUGACCCAAGUCCCUCCUACAGUGGAUGAGAUCACUGUGAAAUUGGAUCUUCGUGGAAACGACAUCCAGGAACUUCCCACCGGGGCUUUCAAACACACUCCCUACCUGACUCACCUGUCGCUACAGCGCUGCAACAUCCGCAGGGUGAAAGAGGGAGCUUUCCGUGGCCUCGGCCGCCUGGUCUUCCUCAACCUGGCCAAUAACAACAUUGAGAUCCUCUACCAGGAGUCUUUUGACGGUCUGUCCUCGUUGAAGCAGCUCAUGAUAGACCGUAACCGCGUGGAAGAGAUCCAGCCUGGAGCUUUCUCUCAGCUCGGCUUCCUCAACCUGCUCUCCCUUACACACAACCAGCUGGUCUACAUCCCCAACAUGGCCUUCCAGGGCUUGCAGAACAUCAAGUGGCUUCGUCUCAGUCACAACUCUCUAAACUACCUGGACAUUGAGGCCUUCGCUGGUCUGUUCACGCUCACUCGUCUAAGUCUGGACAACAACGAGCUGCAGUUCUUCCCCACUGAGACCAUGACCAGACUGCCAGAGGUGACCCGUCUGGAUCUGAGCUACAACCCCAUGACUUACCUGGGGGAGGAAGCAGUGUCCAUGGCCAAGCUGACCCACCUCUUCCUGGACCACAUGUCCCUGCAGGACUUGGCCAACACAGCUGUAUCAAAAUGCCCCAGCCUCGCCCACCUGGACCUCAGCCACAACCAGCUGCGUGUCAUCCAACCUUUCUCCGAAGGCUCCCCGAAGCUGGCACGCCUAAACCUGGGAGGGAACCCCAUCUACUGCAACUGCUACCUGCGUCCACUCAGGGAGUGGGCGAUCCGUAGCAAGGUGAAGCUGAUCGGGACUUGUGGAGGACCGGCCCAUCUCUCUGGAGAGAACCUGGAUGCUGUCUACCCUCAGGAGCUGCGUUGUCAAAGCCAAGAGGCCAUGCUAAAGGCAGAGUUUGAGGAGGCAACCAGGAUCACACCACCACCCACUGUAGAGCCGGAGAAAAAGGUCAAGUGUCCUGCUAACUGUGUCUGCGAGGCAGAGACACACCAUUCCUCAUGUGAGAACCGUGGUCACACCAAAGUACCACGGGGUUUCUCAUCAAACACGCGCCUCCUCGACCUGCGUGGCAACAACUUCCACUACAUCCCUAGCAACAGCUUCCCCGGCGUCGCCCAGGUCGUGUCCCUGCAUCUGCAGCGCUGCAAGAUCGUGGAGGUGGAGGGCGGAGCUUUCAGUGGGAUGAAGGGACUGAUCUACCUGUACCUGUCGGAGAAUGACCUCACUUCCCUCAGUCCUGAUGCAUUUAAAGGGCUCCCUCAGCUGACUUACCUCCACCUUGAGAAGAACCGCUUCACCAGCUUCCCCAGAGGAGCCUUCAAGCUGCUGCCGGGCUUGCUGGCACUUCAUUUGGAGAACAACUCUAUCACCAAGCUUGAGCCGGACAUCUUGAGCGGAGCUGAGGGCCUCAGAGCCCUCUACCUCACCGGGAAUGCCAUCGAGCACAUGUCACCCCGGACUCUGGACCAGGCCAGUGACCUCGAUACACUCCACCUGGGAGGAAACAAGCUGAAGGACUUGCCCUCUGAAGCACUGAGCAAGGCGGGGAACCUCAGAGACCUGAGGCUGUCUGGGAAUCCAAUUCGCUGGGUGGGGCCAAAUGCUUUUCAAUCUUUGGAGAGGUCACUGAAGGAGCUGUAUCUGGAUAACAUGGGACUUGAGAAGAUGUCACAGAACUCCCUGGCAGGCCUGGGUCCAGGGUUGAGGAGUCUCUUUCUGGAGGGCAACCAGCUGGAGGAGGUGCCUGACCUCCACCCACUCACCUCUUUGGAGGUCAUCAACCUGGCCAACAACCCUCUGAUGUGUGACUGCCCUCUGCUGCCUCUCCGCAUGUGGAUUGAGAAAGUCAACCUGAAGGUACGAGCCACCUGUGCCAACCCACCUGAGCUGAGGGGUCGCAAGGUAAAAGACGUCCAUGUUUUCAAGGCCUGUCCCGGAGGUGAGAGCCUCCCCUCUACCCCUACUGUCACCUCGAAGCCGGCCAAGGCGCCCAAGGCAACAAAACCCAAACCAAUGCACCUCAACGCCCUUCGGCAGGUCAAAAUGCUCAAAGCCAAAUCAAAACUUCGCAAGAGUCCAAACAUGAAACCAGCAGCCACCAGGAGAACCACCAAGAGACGCAGCAUGGCUUGAACAUGUUGUGUUUGGAGAUUGGUCGGGUUUCUGUACUGAUGUUUUUGAUACAACUUCCUGUAAACAGGCGACUGUUGAAGGUUUUGAAAGUUAACCAUGGAUUGAAUGCUCUGCUUGUAAAAACUAUAACCUCUGCCAGCUAUGAAAGCUGUAGCUGCUGAGGGUUAGUCUUCAAUCACACCAUCAAUCACAACAGCCUGUUCUUUGCAGUAUUUCCUCUUUGCUGUCUGAUAAAUACAGGGUUGAAAACAUCAAAAGAUUAUUUUUUUUAAAUCCAGGAAGCCUCGACUGAGCAUAAAUGCUCUUUUGUCAGCACUGCCUUGCUUCACAUUCAUAGCAUUAGAUACACAUUCCCACUUAAGAUUGUGUUGGUUCAAACUUUGAGCUCCUGAGCAGCUGUUGAAAGGAGGCAAAUGAAAUGAAUGUCAACAAGUCAAAUGCAACACUGCUGUUACUUACUUAAAAAUGAUAAUCCUUGGCUUCAUGCUAGUAAUCCUUAACCACUACACAACUGCACAAUGUACUGAAAUCACUGAAUUUCAAGUCCCAACAGCAUUAAAUCAGUCACAGUAUUUUUUAUGAGUGCAUAUUUACAAAAAACACAUCUGGAUAUAAAACAGGAAAAAUAAAUCUUUACAACAAACAUUUGUCUGCCAUGUCAUUAAAUCUCAAUGAAGAAACACUCAUUUAAGCCACAUUUAAGAGAUUUGUUCGACUUAAUUAUA